AUGAUGAGGAUGGAGGUGGCGGAGUCCGGCGGCGGCGUGGAGGCGGCGUCGGAGGCGGAGUCGGCGACGGCGAUGGCGGUGUACGAGCGGGUGGCGCGCAUGGCGAGCGGCAACGCGGUGGUGGUGUUCAGCGCCAGCGGCUGCUGCAUGUGCCACGUCGUCAAGCGCCUCCUGCUGGGCCUGGGCGUCGGCCCCACGGUGUACGAGCUGGACCAGCUCGGCGCCGCCGGCGCGGGAGGCGGCCGCGAGAUCCAGGCGGCGCUCUCGCAGCUGCUGCCCCCCGGCCAGCCCGCCGUGCCCGUGGUGUUCGUCGGCGGGCGGCUCCUGGGCGGCGUGGAGAAGGUGAUGGCCUGCCACAUCAACGGCACCCUCGUCCCGCUCCUCAAGCAGGCCGGCGCGCUCUGGCUCUGA